AUGUUCGCCCGACGCAUCUUGAAGAACUCAAGCUCAUUGAGCACCCCUAAUACCCUCCUCCGCGCAUUUACCACCAGUAGCGCCUCCUUCAAACGCUCACCCGCUCUAUCAGACAUCACCCCCGAAGGCGUAUCCUCAUUCGACGCGAAGCAGAAGGAGUUCCGAAAGCGAAUUGCAGAUCAGUCCAAGAAGAAAGAAGCAGCCGCAAGUCAGUCCGCAGAACCCUCCCCCUCUUUCAAUUCCUCUCCCACUGCUCCACGUGCGAGCAAUGCGAGAUCAUCAACUUCUAACAGUCACACCACUCAUGCUAUAGACUCACAAUCUGUGUCUGCUGCAGAAGAAACUACACCCGAAGAUGAUUCGGCGAAGGGCAAGUUGAGUAGUUUGAUCUAUGGCACCAAGGAGGGGAGGGAGAUGGAUAAGGAGAUGGAGCAUUCAUUCUCGCAGGUCUUGGCUAGGGGGAAGUAUGUGCACAGCAUUGUAUUCCAUGAGGUUAAACCCGACAAGGUGGAUGAGUACGUGGAGUUGGUUGGGAGCUGGUAUCCGAGGAUGGCGGGAAUGCCAGAGAAUAAGGUUCAUCUUGUAGGAAGCUGGAGGACCGAAGUGGGUGAUUGUGACACUUUUGUCCAUAUCUGGGAAUACCAACGCUACGACGGCUACCACGACUCCCUCCACAGCAUUUCAAACCACCCCGAAUUCCCCGCCUUCGACAAGAAACUGAAAUCCCUCAUCAAAAGCAAACGCAACUCCCUCAUGCAAGAAUUCUCAUUCUGGCCCACCACCGCUCCGCGCCAACUAGGCGGUGUUUUCGAACUGCGCUCAUACACACUGCACCCCGGCAACCUGCUGGAAUGGGAGACCCAUUGGCGCCGCGGAUUGGGAGCGAGACGACAAGUCAUGGAGGGUGUCGGAGCAUGGUUUGUGCAAAUCGGCGAGCUGAACACGGUGCAUCAUCUCUGGCAGUUUGCGGAUCUCGAGGAGCGCAAGGUGAGGAGGGAGCAGAGCUGGAGUGUGGAGGGCUGGGGAGAUACCGUGCAUAAGACUGUGCCUUUGAUCCAGGAGAUGAAGAGCAGGAUCUUGAUUCCUAUGCCCUGGUCUCCUGUUGCUUGA